AUGUUGGCCCACCUUCUCCUCUUCACCAAAGUAUUUGGUGUAGUCAUCAGCCAAGCAGGAACUCAUCUCCGAGCAUUUAUUUCAUCCUUCAUCCACCGCCGAACCUACAAACCAGGCUCCAACCCCAAAAACAUCGUCGUCGUCGGCGCUUCUUUCGCCGGCUACAAUGCUGCACGCUGCCUGGUGAACUCCAUUCCUUCGGGGUAUCGGGUUAUUGUCAUCGAAAAGAAUAGCCAUUUCCAAUUCACCUGGGUUCUACCCCGCUUCUGCGUCGUCGAGGGUCACGACAAGAAGGCCUUCAUCCCAUAUGGCCCAUUCCUUCGCGCACCACCAGGUUCCCACUUAUGGAUCAAGGACACAGUCGAGGAAAUUAUCCCAUCCGAGGAUGGGAACCCCGGAGGAAAGAUUCGCGUCUCUUCCGGCGAAAAAUUCGACUUUGAGUAUCUCGUCUUGGCGACUGGAUCAUCGGCCGCUCUACCGUCACGCGUUGGGCAGGAAGAGAAGAAGGCUGGGAUGCAAGCACUUCGUGAUCAACAAGAGAAGAUUGGUGGCGCCCAGGAUAUCGUCGUGAUAGGAGGAGGCCCUGCUGGCGUUGAAUGCAAAGGGACAAUCCCCGAAAAAAAUGUAACGCUUAUCCACUCGCGCAAGACUCUUCUCCAUGAGGGAUUCGGAAUCAAGAUACAUCACACUCUGAGCAAGGCCUUGCGAGAUCUUGGAGUAAAUCUAAUUCUGGGAGAAAAGCCUACGGUUCCGACCGGUGUGACUGUCGGGGAUAUCCAGUUGAGCGAUGGAUCAGUUCACUUCGACUAUUUGAUCAAAUGUGUCGGUCAGAAACCAAACACAGCUCUAGCAAAGUUCGCAGCCCCCUACGCGUUCUCCAAGUCAGGACAUAUUCGCAUCAAGCCUUCGCUGCAGAUUGCCGAUGACGAAUAUCCCCGGAUCUACGCAGCUGGCGAUGUGAUUGACGCCGGAAGUCUCAAGAAUGGUCGUUCCGCCAUGCAACAGGGCCAGGUCGUUGCGCAGAAUAUCGUCCGAGCAAUUCGGGGGAAGAGCCAGAUCGAAUACCAGCAGAAGUGGUGGGAGGGGCUGACGAAGUUGACCAUGGGCCUUACUAAGAGUGUUGCAUACGUUACCGAUGGGCGGGCAGAGUGGGUGAUUCCAACAAAGUCGAAAAUCGAUCUUGAUUGCCAGCAAGUGUGGAAAUUCAUGGGCGCCACCCCUUUCGUUGAUCCCGACGAGGAGAAAGAAAAUAAUUCAGUUACCGAGAUGGAGGUUUCGAGCUACCUGCCCUGA